ACUGCUUCUCAAAUGGUUGCAGCAAAAUCUGCAGCCUUGUUGGCGAGUUUGUUUUUGAUUUAGAUACCGUAUUCCUUGAAAGUCAAGUGCUUUGACAGUUAGCUGAAUCUAUCUGGAUUUGCAAAUACGGAACUUCAGUUAUGCCGAGCCAAUCAUAUUAAUACUUGGCUCUCUCAUAAAUCGAGUUUCAUAUUUGUAUAUUUGUGUAUUUGUAUAACUUACUUAUUCUUUAUAAUUACACGAAGUACAAUUUAGUGACCUUUUAGAUGAAUUCUAUUUUAUUAACUGAUUCUUAAUAGAGAAAUUAUAAUGGCUGCAAAAGAAUAGAUGUAAUCUUUAGCUUACAUUUUCACUACGGGUUUUCAUAAAUGGACUGCCUGUAUAUAAAUUAAAGGUCUAUGGAUUACUAACCCAAGAGUCUGCAGGUUGGAGUAUGAAGCAAGUUGAGUUCCAUAUACCUGAAGAUCAUUGGGUAGCUGUUGAAGGGUUGAAAGGAGUUUAUAACAAAAUUUUGAAUGAAGAUAAGAAAAUUGGAAGAGUGUCAUUAUUACAAAGAUAUGAUGCUGGAGCGUUUACAAAUGAUAUAGCUAACCAUAGUUACUUUGAAGAAGUUUAUUUAAUCGAAGGAUCCCUUCAUGAUAAGAGUUUAAAUGAGACAUUUGUUAAGGGAAGUUAUGCCUAUAGACAUCCAGGAAUGAUCCAUGGACCAUACAAAUCUACUGAAGGAUGCAUUAUGUUGGUAAUUGCCUAUACUCCUCAAGAAAAAUGAUAUUUAUACUAUCAAAUUGGAGAUUUAUCAUUUCCUUUUUU